UUCAUUAUUCUUGAAUUUUUCUCACAAACUAGUAGUGUGAUCAGUGAAGAACAGAAUCAAAGUAUCAUCAUGGUUAAGGCAGAAGAGAAGAUCCAAAGAGAGACACCAAUGAAGAAUAAUAAUAAGCAGAAGAAGUACAAGGGAGUGAGAAUGAGGAGUUGGGGAUCAUGGGUUUCAGAGAUUAGAGCACCAAAUCAGAAAACAAGAAUAUGGUUAGGUUCAUAUUCAACUGCAGAAGCUGCUGCUAGAGCCUAUGAUGCUGCACUUCUCUGUCUUAAAGGCUCUUCUGCAAAUCUCAAUUUCCCAUUAACUUCUUCUACUUACAUUAACAUCAUCCCUCAUAAUCAAGAUUCUUCUUCUUCUUCUUCUUCUUCUUCUUCAUCUGCUACUAUGUCUCCAAAAUCAAUUCAAAGAGUUGCUGCUGCUGCUGCUGCUAAUUGCACCUUUGUUGAUGACAUCAGCAACAAUGCUAAUGCUACAACACCUUCAUCAUCAUCUUCUUCUUCUUCUUCUUCUUCAUCAUCAUUGGUGUCAUCACCAUCAAUGGUUUCAUCUCCCUCUGAACAAACUACUGAUGAUGAUGUUGUAGAUGCAGCAUCACUAAUCAUGUCUUCAACUACUACUACUACUACUAGCUGUGAUGAAUCCAUGGCUAUGAUGGAAGAGCCUUGGUACAACACCUUUGAUGAUGCUCUUGAUCAGAUGCUGAGUGGUUUCUUUGACCUUGAUUCAUCUCAGCUUCUUGGUGAUCUUUAUGAAGAAGAAAGUGACAUUCGUUUGUGGAGUUUCUGUUAGACACAACUCAUCAUCAUCAAAUUCAUUCUUUCUUUAUUCAUUUUUCUACUUUUUUGUUAUAUUCAUUUGUCUUCAGUGGUACAACUUCAACAAGAUGUUACUCUCUGAUGCUACAUAAAAAUAAAAAAACUUUGUAUACCUUAUGCUA